GUUGCGGAGUUGGAGGAUUCCGGGUUUAGGGAAACGCAACACAAUAAAGAACCAUAACUAGUUUAUUAAUACAGGCAAAAUACCGAGGUAACAAAAGAUUACAGUAAAGGAUCUCUCUGAUGUUUGGUUAUCUCACCAAAGACAAUGUGAUGACGAUCAGGAAACCAGCUCCAAGAAACAUCAUCGCAGUGCGAGGUGGCAGGCUCAACCUUAGCGGACGUCCCCGCGGAGGCAGCGUUGCCCUGGGUAGUAUGAAGUUCUGCCUGUCCGCGCAGCAUGAGGCUCCGGGAAACAACAGGAACAACCUCUCCAACAGUUCCAAGCUGACAAGCAGGCAAAAUACCGAGGUAACAAAAGAUUACAGUAAAGGAUCUCUCUGAUGUUUGGUUAUCUCACCAAAGACAAUGUGAUGACGAUCAGGAAACCAGCUCCAAGAAACAUCAUCGCAGUGCGAGGUGGCAGGCUCAACCUUAGCGGACGUCCCCGCAGAGGUACCACUGACCUGACUAGUAUAGAGCUCCACCUCUCCGCAUCGCCUGAGGCUCGGACUUUUAUAUUAGCUAAAACACGCACUCAUUCUAACACAAGAAACCAGCCUACAUCCAAACAAACAGCUACUUAUAUCUAGAAAGGUCUCCAAGGGUCGGCACUCUUCCGGGGAGGAGCCAAAGUCGUAAUUCCGGGGAGGAGCCAAAGCCAUAAGUUCCGGGGAGGAGGGAUUACGCGCACACAGAAGUUUUCCGAUUUAGUGUGUUCUUCCGCGGGCCGUUAUCUGGUGUCGCUGACACACAUGGCUUCCUCCGACUUGGAGCGCAAAAGGAAGGAGCCUGAACCCGAGGCAAAGGUCGGCAGCGAGGAAACGGCUGCGGGAGACGAGGAGGAUGAGGAGGAAAGCUGGGUCGGGCCGCACCCGGGGGAAGCCGCACAGGCAAAAAAGAGGAGAGUUCUUGAAUUUGAACAUGUUUAUCUUGCAAAUCUGCCGUGUGCUUCGAUGUAUGAACGCAGCUACAUGCACAGAGAUGUCAUCACACACGUUGCAUGUACUAAGACAGAUUUUAUUAUAACAGCCAGUCAUGAUGGCCAUGUGAAAUUCUGGAAAAAAAUAGAAGAAGGAAUUGAGUUUGUUAAACACUUUCGGAGUCACCUGGGUGUUAUUGAGAGUAUUGCUGUUAGUUCAGAGGGGGCAUUAUUCUGCUCAGUUGGAGAUGACAAAGCAAUGAAGGUGUUUGAUGUGGUCAACUUUGAUAUGAUCAACAUGCUGAAACUUAGCUACCACCCUGGUCAAUGUGAAUGGGUAUAUUGCCCUGGAGAUGCCAUAUCUUCUGUUGCAACAUCUGAGAAGAGCACAGGAAAAAUAUUCAUAUAUGAUGGACGAGGAAAUAACCAGCCACUUCAUGUUUUUGAUAAACUCCAUACAUCUCCUCUUACUCAGAUACGUUUGAACCCUGUUUACAAAGUAGUAGUGUCUUCCGACAAGUCUGGAAUGAUUGAGUACUGGACUGGUACUCCUCAUGACUACAGAUUUCCCAAGAAUGUGAACUGGGAGUAUAAAACAGAUACUGAUCUAUAUGAAUUUGCCAAAUGCAAGGCUUACCCAUCCAGUAUAAGUUUUUCACCUGAUGGCAAGAAAAUGGCCACUCUUGGGUCUGACAGAAAAGUUAGAAUCUUCCGGUUUCUGACAGGGAAGCUCAUGAGAGUCUUCGAUGAAUCUCUGAGUAUGUUUACGGAACUUCAGCAGAUGAGACAGCAACUUCCAGACAUGGAGUUUGGCCGACGAAUGGCAGUUGAGCGUGAGCUAGAGAAAGUGGAUGCAGUAAGAUUAGUUAAUAUAAUUUUUGAUGAAACUGGACACUUCGUUCUCUAUGGAACAAUGUUGGGCAUUAAGGUCAUAAAUGUAGAGACUAACAGGUGUAUUCGUAUCUUGGGAAAACAAGAGAACAUCAGAAUGAUGCAACUAGCGUUGUUCCAAGGAGUAGCAAAGAAACAUCAUGCUGCAAUCACUAUAGAGAUGAAGGCAUCUGAAAAUCCUGUGCUCCAGAAUAACCAGACAGAUCCAACAGUAAUCUGCACAGCUUUUAAAAAAAAUAGGUUUUACAUGUUUACUAAACGUGAACCAGAAGAUACAAAGAGUGCAGAAUCUGACAGAGAUGUGUUUAAUGAGAAACCUUCUAAAGAAGAGGUUAUGGCAGCCACUCAGGCAGAAGGUCCCAAAAGAGUUUCAGACAGUGCCAUCAUACACACAAGCAUGGGAGAUAUUCAUGUCAAGCUUUUUCCUGUUGAAUGCCCCAAAACAGUGGAAAACUUCUGUGUGCACAGCAGAAAUGGUUAUUACAAUGGACACAUAUUUCACCGUAUCAUCAAGGGGUUCAUGAUUCAGACUGGUGACCCAACUGGUACAGGAAUGGGAGGUGAAAGUAUUUGGGGAGGCGAAUUUGAAGAUGAAUUUCAUUCAACUUUACGACAUGACAGGCCGUACACACUCAGCAUGGCUAACGCAGGACCAAAUACCAACGGAUCCCAGUUUUUUGUAACAGUAGUGCCAACGCCAUGGCUAGACAACAAGCACAGUGUGUUUGGACGGGUGACCAAAGGAAUGGAAGUUGUUCAGAGAAUCUCAAAUGUAAAAGUAAAUCCAAAAACUGACAAGCCGUAUGAGGAUAUCAGCAUCAUUAAUAUCACAGUGAAGUGAGACCCAAAACGGGAACUAGAAAGAACAGAAAUAUUUUUGUUAAUUUCUAGAUGUAAUGAAUGCCAUGACAGAGAAAUCAUAGAAUACUUAAGGUCCUUUCCAACCCAAACAUUAUCUCAUUGGUUUUACUAUUUUUAAUGUAUUUAAAGUGCCCUAAAUCUGUAUUUCUGGUAAUUUUGUAUUUUUAAGUAAAAACAGCUGCAUGUUUCUUAUGAAGUCUGCUGUUUUUCUUUUCUAUGCAAAACUGAAGAAUAAAAACACACAGUAUGCCU